AGGCAUGAGGGUGACCCUGCGCUUGGCCUCCGGCCUGAGAGUUGGGGGGAGACCCUGACCUUGGCCUUCAGCCUGGGGAGACCCUGAGCCUGGCCUCCAUCCUGACAGAGAGGCCUGGACGGGGCCCAGCCGUCCCGGGGAUUUGGUCACUGCUGGAAUCCCCGCCAACUUUCCAGCCUCAUUUCUGCUACACCCUUUUUCAGCUGUUUCUCUUGCAGGGAGGUUGUGCCAGAAGCCCACCCCAGAAAUCGUCAGGCUUAGAAGCGUCCGGGACAGCCACUUGGUCUGUGUGUGUGUGUGUGUCUGUGUGUGUGUGUGUGUGUGUGUGUGUGUGUGUGUGUGUGUGUGUGUCUGAGCGAGUGCAUCUGUGGGUGGUUGCAAGCAGGAGGGGCGAAGGUCUGUUCCCCCGACCAGAAAGUGGCUGGAACAUCUGGCUCUUCUGAGUCCUGCCAGUCCGAGAGAACAUCAGGGGAGAGGCAAAGCGGGGUCUGCUUGUCGUGAAUGAACACACAUGCACCAACGCACACACGCACCCCCCCACACAUGCCCUCGGAGGCCUGAAGCCGCUGGGAGCCAAGGUGUGGCUGUAGGAGGGGGCGGCUGCCCGCCAUCCGGUGAGGAGCAGGACUCUCACGCCGCCCCUCCGGGCACCGAUGCCGCUCUGAAGAAUCUGCCAAGCCAACUGGGCCAAGGACCCAGCAGGAGGACUCCUCUCUUCUCCCCAAGAACCAGGCAGUCGGUGAAGUUCCCCUCACAGGAAGUCAGAGUGGAGUUGGGUUCAUUCUCGGAAGCAGGGCUGACUCGCCUGGUGUCUGUAGAGUGAAUGCCCUUUGAGCUGCCGUCAGGACCUUGCUGACUGAGCGGAUAAAGUCACAGCUGCAGGGUCACAACAGGAAACUGAGUCAGCAGAAAAUGGCCACCGAAGAUUACAACCACACUUGGUAUACCGACAACUACGACCCAGGAGAAGACUCCUUUCAGGAAGUCACCGAAGAGGCAUCCCCCGGCCACCUUGGUGUGGCCGGCAUCCUUUCAGUGGUGAUCUACAGCGCGGUCUGCUUGCUAGGGAUUCUAGGAAACGGGCUGGUGAUUGUCAUCACGGUGUUCAAGAUGAAAAAGUCGGUCAACACCGUCUGGUUCCUCAAUCUCGCUGUGGCCGACUUCCUGUUCAACAUCUUCCUGCCCCUGUACAUCGUCUACACCGCCAUGAACCACGACUGGAUCUUCGGCACGGCCAUGUGUAAGGUCAACUCCUUCCUCCUCAUCCACAACAUGUACACCAGCGUGUUCCUGCUCACCACCAUCAGCUUUGACCGUUGCAUCUCCGUCGUCUGUCCCGUCUGGUCUCAGAACCACCGGAACGUCCGGCUGGCCUACGGGGCCUGCGCGGUCAUUUGGGUCCUGGCCUUCUUCCUCAGCUCCCCAUCCCUGGUCUUCCGGGACACAGCCCUGGCCAAGGGAAGAACAACCUGCUUCAACAACUUCACCUUCUCCGACCCCCACCUAGAGGACCGGGCCAGCAGGGAGUCGGGCGAGCGGAGGCACAUGGCGGUCAACCUGACCCGUUUCCUCGGGGGCUUCAUCCUCCCAUUCAUCGUCAUCACGGCCUGCUACCUGGUCAUCGUCAGCAAGCUGAAGCGCAACCGGAUGGCCAAGUCCAAGAAGCCAUUCAAGAUCAUCGUCGCCAUCAUCGUCACCUUCUUCCUCUGCUGGAGCCCCUACCACGCCCUGGGCCUCCUGGAGCUCUUCUAUCACGUGGUCCCCCAUGCCGUCUUCAAGCUGGGGGUGCCCCUGGCCACCGCUCUAGCCGUGGCCAACAGCUGCAUGAACCCCAUCCUCUACGUCUUCAUGGGCCAAGACUUCAAGAAAUUCCAGGUGGCCAUCUUCUCUCGACUGGUCAACGCUCUGAGCGAGGAGACCGCCCACUCCUCUUACCUCAGCCACAGGGGCGUCACGAAGAUGUCGUCCAUGAAUGAACGGUCCGUUGCCAAUGACAGGGAGACCAGCAUGGUCUAAGCCCGGUCUGACCUCUUGGUCCCAAGAGGGUCGUCGGAUUGGAGACCUGAUUGGAGUUUCCCAGGGGGCCUCGUGGGCUUUGGGUGCCCAGGGCUACUGGACUCUGGCCAGGAAAUGUUUGACUCCGAUGGGGCCUGUAGGGCGGUGGCCUGGGGAGAACUCUGCCCUCCUCCCUCCUGCCUUUCCUCCAGGCCAGACAGGAGCUGAUGGGAGGGUCACACCGCUGACCCGUCUGGACCGACACCCUUUUUCUGCCUCCUCCUUAUGUCCAGGUUCCACCCUCUAAAUGGAGCUGUCAGUCUAUCUAUCGGCCAGCGCUAGCUACUGGGAGCUGACUGUGUGUAGAGCACUGGACUAAGCACUCGGGAGAGCACCGAACAACCAAGUGGGUAGGGCCAACCUCUGCCCCCGAGGGGCUUGAAGUCCACUUCCCCCCAAGGUCUAAGAGACAAACCACCCACAGGAUCAAGCAGGACUGUCUCAGAGCACACUCCAAAUAAUCCUGCCCUGGUCCGGCUUGCUUUCAAUCGAUGAUAUUUACUGAGCGCUGACUGUGUGCACAGCACUGUGCUGAGUGCUGGACCUUUGGUGGUGUUGGGGGCCUGUUUGUAGUGUGCCCCAUCCCUACUGUUUCUGGGGGCUCCUUGAGGGCAGCCACAAAACUCUCCCACCUUCCCCUCUGCGGGUUCCCAGGACCCUAGGAGUCUCCGGGGUAGUGCUGUCCGGGUCUCUUCUUCAUGCCGGGGGGCUUGGGUUCCGGGCUCUCUUGCCCCUCGGCCACUGACACUGAUGUGCUGAAAGUUAAGGAGCUGAGAGAGAGGCUGAGCCCUCCACAGUGUCCCCAGUCAAACUGCAUCAUUGCAUAGCUCCGAUAUUGACUCACUCCCAUUUCCUCACACCAAAAAUAGCGCUCAAAUAUUUCCUCUCCUUCGACUGUGAGCAGUCUCGCCUUGGGCUCAUGAAGACAGCGGGACCCGAAAACUUUUGAAGACACACACACACACACACACACACACACACACACACACACACACACAGAGAAAAAAAAACUGAACGGCCAUAUCAGUUAGGAGAUAGAUCUGGUUUCACCCAAGCACAGAAUGGAAAAUGAAAACCUCUACCCUCUUCCUUCCGCUCACUCAUGCCCAUCCGGAGGAGGCCAGCCUUUCCAUCAUACAUUCCCACCCCUCAUAAAACUCCUAAACCGUCGGUCAACAAUAUUUGUUAAGUGUCUUCCUGCGGGCAGAGCCCUGUGUAAAGCACUUGGGAGAGUAGAAUGCAGAGGGUAGCCACAAUUCCUGUCCUCAAAUUGCUAGUAGUCUACUCUGUGCGGAGUACACUUGAGAGUCGCGAUCCCAGCCCUCGAGGAGCUUACGGUCUAGUCACUUAUUUAAAAAUUAAACUUAGAGGCAGACUUGUACGUGGUUAGGAAAUCUAUCAAGGCACCUAAAUCUCCCUGCUGUAUUUAGCCCAGUUGUCACUCCCUUUCUUCCCUGGGUAUUGUUUUUUCCACAGCUUCUGUUGGAAUGUGUUAAGGGAGAGUGGAAACACCCUUUGCAACACAUCACAGAUGUGCCAAUGAGCAGGCAGCUACUCCCAUAUCCGCCACUUGUCUGCUGUGUGACCUUGAGCAAGUCACUUAACUGCUCUGGGCCUGGGUUCAUCAUUUGUGAAAUGGGGAUUCAAUGCCAGUUCUCCCUCUUACUUAGACUCUUAGCCCUCUUAGGGUCAGGAACCACGUCCAACCUAAUGUGCUAAACCCAGUGUUUGGUAGAGUGCUUAGCAUGUAAUAGGUGCCUAACAUCAUCCUUGGAGAAGCAGCAUGAU